GCGGCGGCCGCUGCUGCGCUUGCUGUGUGUGUGAGAGAGACAGAGAGGGAGUCCGGGUGCUACCGCUGUUGCUGCGGGGCCUCCGGGGCCGGUGUCUGGGGGCGAUGGCGGCGACCGAGCUGCGGGGAGUGGUGGGGCCCGGCCCGGCUAUGGGUGCUGCGCCGGGUGGCGGAGGCUCGGGGUCGGCCGCGACAGGAGGAGGAGGACGCGGUGACUCCGGGCCCGGGCCCGGAAUAGCGCCGGGCCCCACGGCGGUCGCUUCUGGAGGAGGCCCCGGACCAGGGCCGGGCCCUACGGCCACGGCUGGGGGAGGGUCGGCGGCCGGCCCCGCCCCUGCUCCGCCCACGGGGGGUUCGGGCGGCGGGACCGGGGGCUCGGGCUCCGGCUCGGCCCGGGAGGGCUGGCUCUUCAAAUGGACCAAUUACAUCAAGGGCUACCAGCGACGCUGGUUCGUGUUGAGCAACGGGCUCCUCAGCUACUACAGGUCAAAGGCAGAAAUGCGGCACACCUGCCGAGGAACCAUCAACCUGGCCACUGCUAACAUCACUGUGGAGGAUUCCUGCAACUUCAUCAUCUCUAAUGGUGGAGCUCAGACCUACCACCUGAAGGCCAGCUCAGAAGUAGAGCGUCAGCGCUGGGUGACAGCCUUGGAACUGGCCAAGGCAAAGGCUGUGAAGAUGUUGGCAGAGUCAGACGAAUCAGGAGAUGAAGAAUCAGUCUCUCAAACUGAUAAGACAGAACUUCAGAAUACCCUCCGGACCCUCUCCAGCAAAGUGGAAGACUUGAGCACCUGCAAUGACCUGAUUGCCAAGCAUGGCACAGCUCUCCAGCGGUCCCUCAGUGAGCUGGAGUCCCUCAAACUGCCUGCUGAGAGCAAUGAAAAGAUCAAGCAGGUCAAUGAACGUGCCACACUCUUCAGGAUCACAUCCAAUGCCAUGAUUAAUGCCUGCAGGGAUUUCCUGAUGUUGGCCCAGACACAUAGCAAGAAGUGGCAGAAGUCUUUGCAAUAUGAACGAGACCAGCGUAUUCGCCUGGAGGAGACCUUGGAGCAGCUGGCCAAGCAGCAUAACCACCUGGAGAGGGCUUUUCGGGGUGCCACAGUGUUGCCAGCAAGCGCCCCUGGCAGCACUGGUUCUGUGAAAGAUCAGAUCUGUUCGGGCAAAGGAGAUAUGAGUGAUGAAGAUGACGACAAUGAAUUCUUCGAUGCUCCCGAAAUCAUCACCAUGCCUGAGAGCUUGGGCCACAAACGGACUGGCAGCAAUAUCAGUGGGGCCAGCAGUGACAUCAGCCUGGAUGAACAGUAUAAACAUCAGUUGGAAGAGACGAAGAAGGAAAAAAGAACUCGAAUUCCCUAUAAGCCAAACUACAGCCUCAAUUUAUGGAGUAUAAUGAAGAACUGUAUUGGAAAGGAACUCUCCAAGAUCCCAAUGCCGGUGAACUUUAAUGAGCCCCUGUCCAUGCUUCAGCGCCUCACUGAAGAUUUGGAAUAUCAUGAACUCUUAGACCGAGCUGCAAAAUGUGAGAAUUCACUAGAACAGCUGUGCUAUGUGGCUGCUUUCACCGUGUCCUCCUACUCCACCACUGUCUUCCGUACUAGCAAGCCAUUCAAUCCACUCCUAGGAGAGACCUUUGAGCUGGACCGCCUUGAGGAGAAUGGUUAUCGAUCCCUCUGUGAACAGGUGAGCCACCAUCCCCCUGCUGCCGCACACCAUGCUGAAUCCAAAAAUGGCUGGACAUUACGACAGGAAAUCAAAAUCACCAGCAAGUUCCGUGGCAAAUAUCUGUCCAUCAUGCCCCUUGGUAGCAUCCAUUGUAUCUUCCAUGCCACUGGUCAUCAUUACACUUGGAAAAAAGUCACCACCACAGUGCACAACAUUAUUGUGGGCAAAUUGUGGAUAGAUCAGUCUGGUGAGAUCGACAUUGUGAAUCACAAGACAGGAGACAAGUGCAAUCUCAAGUUUGUUCCUUACAGCUACUUUUCCCGAGAUGUGGCCAGGAAGGUUACGGGAGAAGUCACAGACCCAUCAGGAAAAGUACACUUUGCCCUUCUGGGGACCUGGGAUGAGAAAAUGGAUUAUUUCAAAGUGCUCCCCAGCAAUGGGGAUAAUGGGAGUGACAGUCGGCAAAGAAGCCAUGACUUAGAAGAAAGCAGGGUUAUUCUCUGGAAGAGGAACCCAUUGCCGAAGAAUGCAGAGAAUAUGUACUACUUCUCCGAACUUGCCCUGACUCUCAAUGCGUGGGAGAGUGGCACAGCCCCCACGGACAGCCGCCUGAGGCCUGACCAGAGACUGAUGGAAAAUGGACGCUGGGAUGAGGCCAAUGCAGAGAAGCAGCGCCUGGAGGAGAAGCAACGUCUUUCCAGGAAGAAGAGGGAAGCUGAGGCUGUGAAAGCCACUGAGGACGGCACUCCAUACGACCCUUACAAGGCACUGUGGUUUGAAAGGAAAAAGGACCCUGUUACCAAGGAGUUAACCCAUAUUUAUAGAGGAGGAUACUGGGAAAGUAAAGAAAAACAGGACUGGAGCUCAUGCCCAGACAUUUUCUGAAAUUGCAGGAACAAGAGAGGGAGGAGGAUCAGAGGGGAAGAGGACAAAGGUUGGGAGAGAAAGCCGGCCAUUGUGACUUCCUUACCCAGUGCUUUCCUCAAGGUUGUCUUUCUUAACCAAUCAUUUGUUCCAAAGCAAUCACCUGGAGCAGAAACCCGGGGGUGGUGAUUGAUUGGCUUUGAUGCCUUAGCUGAUUGAACCUGACAUUGACUUACUAGAUACCUGUGUUUGUAAGGGAGAGGUUGGGUGGCUGGGAGUUAGCAUUAUUUCAUACCUGCAGAUCUCUCUAUCUUUGACCUUCCUUCUCCCUUUUACCCCAUUUAAAAUUAUGCCACCUCUAGUCCCAUCAUAUCAACAAUAUCUCAUUCAGCCAAGAGACACGUGAGGUGAGUAUGUGGAUGGGAGGUUAUUUUGGUGCUGCCAAGAGCAAGCUCUCGUAGUAGGAGUUCCUUUUAAAAAAUGCAAGUGAGAAUCUCUUUGGGAGGUUUCUGUAAUGGCUGCAUUUGGGGUUUGGUGCCCCUUUUUAAUGAGUUCUCAAAGGCAGGGAAGGUUUUGGAGGUCCUAGGCAUGCCACAAAUACCUGAGAAUAGAGCUGACUGACUGCAGGACGGGACUGCCUACUUGGAUAGAGAAUGGGGACAGCCAGGGAUUUGUCUCCAUCCAUGUAAAGCUGCCCCGACUACUCUUCAUCCUAUGGGCUACACAGCAGCUGGCUGCCACUUCACCAUUAGUAGGAAUGGGCUGAUCCUCCAGGAUUAUAGUGCUUGUAACUGUGGGGGCUACUUGGACUUCUGCAACUGAGAACUUUUCCUGGAAAGAUAAGAAGGGCCAGAGCAAGACUUCCAGCCAUUCUGCUGUCCACGUCACUCCUCACCCUCCUCACCCCCCACCCCAAUUGCCUUCUAUGCUUCAGCUUUCUCCCCUGGCAGUAGGUCGCCAUGGGGUCUGUGCUCCAGUGUGGAGCAGAACUUUGCCUAUUUUCCGACGUUUUUCGGAAUGGGAAAGACAGGGAGUAAAUGACCUGGAAUAAGUCUUUCCUCCAUCUGUCUCAAGCCCCAUGGACUGGAGCCACCUCUUGAAUAAUUUGUUAAAUAUCUGUAUAUUAUAUAUAUGUAGAGAAAAAUCUAAUUUUUCUGUUUUGAUUUUCCUCCCUUCCAUUAAGAAUCUUGUUUUUUUGAAAUCCACCCCACCCUGGGACUCUUUGCAUUGAGCAUACAUCGAUGUAGAUUUCAUGUUCUAUUUUCCCACCUCAGAGGAGGCAGGAAGAUUUUAAAGCUGGUCAGGAUCAUGUGUGGGCUCUUAGGGAACAGGGGAAGGUUCUCGUGGCUCAUUUCAUGAUGUACUCAUAAUCUCAGAACACUGGUAAAUGCCCUUAUUGCCCUGCUCUCAAAAUGGAAUUCCUUCACCCCUCCUUCCCUGCUUGGAAGUUCUGUCGCUGUGAGGCCCCAAGGGUGCCUUCUCGUUGGCCUUGGCCAGAGGCAGGGUCCCCAAAGCACCACAUGGGGGUGUGAGUGAUCCGCUGCUGUUUUGUUUUAUCCUAUUCAUGCCGUUUGUCUCCCUCAAAAAUCUGUCUGCAGCUUUUCUCUUCCUUCCCCUCCCUCCCACCACUCACUCCUGGUUGAGGAUCAUACUGAGGUGCCUUCCUUGUAUGCUUUUGUUGGUGUUUUUGAUUCUGUUCCUUACCAAAUGAGCCUCAGCCAGUGGGGGGGUCUUGGCUGGGGAGGGUGGAGGUGGAGAGGUGCAGUAUAGGUCAUUCCAGAGGAAAUCACUCCAGGGAAAUGGAAUUUAUGCUGGCCCGAGGAUUUCCCUUGCUUCCUUCCCAGCUUUGACGGGUAGAACCGACGGGUGGUUGGGGGCCUUCCUCCAAUAUGCCUCACGCCCAGAGCAGGGAAAGGUUAAUAAUACACAGGAGCUGGAUCAAGAAAGUGACUGGAGCAGAAGGCUUCAGAGUGGGCAGCCCCAUGGCCCACCUUCUCUUCCCCUGCUGUCUACCCUCUAUUUCCAGGUUUGGUACCGAAUCAGAACCAGAUUCCUGCCAGUGGGAGAGGCUUCAAGUCCUACAGGUGGAAUAAAGGCAGAUUCAAAACAAAACAAAA